UGAACAUCUUGGGCCAACUCAUGUGGAGGAAGACCGCUCUCCAGGCACCAGAUUUCUAAGAUGUUUAGGGAUUUAAAGAUGAGAAGCAAUAUCUUGAAUUGUAUACUGGUAGGUGCUGCAGUUGUUUCAAGACAAGCGAGAGGUAUUCCAUUCAAGCAGUCCUAAGACUGAAUUCGUAAUCAUACCAUAUUUUCUCUUGGGCAGCCUUCAAGAGCUGGCCUGUGCACAAGCAGUCAAGAACGUUACCGGAGCAUAUCCAUAAUUGAAUUAGCUGUACGUUGGCAGGGUUGCAUUUCAGCUGGUGCUCUAACCAAAGUUAGUGUAAUGUGCCACAAGCCGCUGAAUUGACACUGGUUGCCAAAGGCACUGUUGAAGUGACUCUGAAGUGCUCUCCAGAUGUUGCUGGACUAUGAAUCCCAUCAUCCUUGACCUCUGGCCAUGUUUGCUGGCUUUGAUGGAAGCUGGAGUAUAACAACAUAGGGGAAGCCACAAGUUCCCCACCUCUGAAGGGUAAAAUGCUUCAUAUUCAGGAACUGCAUGUGCAAAGUGCAGUAGCAGUGUGAGUGGGCAGGGUGGCAUGGAUAAGUUAAUGGGGAGUCUCUGGACUGGCAGCUGUAGCAGCCCUACGUCUUGGACCCCACCCUCUCAUUCGUGGUGCCUAUUCACACAAUCCCCAGGGCUCCCCCCCCCCAUCUCAGGUGGAUGCCAUUGUCAUAAGAGAACAAGGGAGGCAUUUACAGUGUAUUCCAGCACCUCUUUUUCUAGAAAAAUAGCACGGCCAUCAGAGGGCACUCUUACUCCUGUGGUACCUGGCCGGCUGCUGCUGGCAAGAUACAAUGUCCAUGUGGCUUCAAUUAUGGCUUCUAAAUACAUGGUGCACAUUGGGUCACCAAGCUUCUGCUGGUCUUAUCUACUCUAAAGUAAAUCUAGUUCAGUUCAAUAUGACUUACUCCAAAGUAAGUGUGUUUGCAAUUGCGGCCUUACCAAGGCUGUUCUUUUAUGGGGGGGUGUAUGAGUGGAAAUGUUUGCUGGCUAUCAGGAAAAAAUGCUCUAUCUACUUCACAGUUGCUUUCAAUCUAUGAGCUGAAUAUGUUCAAUUAAAAUGUAAUGAAUUUGUGAUUUAAUGCUUAUGUGUUUGUUUGCUUUUUUAAAAAAGAAGGUGGUGGUGGUGGUUUUUAAGCAGAGGCCAGGGAUUCUUUAGUUGUGAUUCCUGCAUUGCAGGGGGUUGGCCCAGAUGUCCCUUGGGAUCACAUCCAGCUCCACAGUUUUAUGACAGGAAUUGUUUUUUAACCUGACUAAAACACUUGCUCAUUAAUAAAAUAAAUACUCUUAGCAAACCAACACCAAACCUUGGUUACGUGAAAUACAUUCACAACCGCACACAAUGUAACCGGCUGCACAUGAAUAAUAAGUAUUAUUUAUGUGCAGCCGGUUACAUUGUGUGUGGUUGUCAUUAAUAAAAUUAUGCUGGGAAUCUAAACCAUUUGUCAACCAACAUAUAAAAUGUAUAUUGAGAGAGAUUCUUAGCAGCUAGCCUGAUUGUGCUGUUAUGUAUAACCAUGUUGACCUGUGAACCUUGGAAUACCAAGGUGGCUUUUCCAGAUUGCUUCAGUAUUGGUUUCAGUGCUCUUUCUGCUGUGAAUUUUUGGUGCAAGCUGCUUAAAGUGUUUGCCAGAGGCAUCUGAUGCUGGUGCAUUAGUGCUUUCUGUUUCAUCUUUUCUUUUUUCUGGAGACCACAUUUCAUUCCCAUAAUCUUCUACCCUCAAAGACUGAAACGUAAGAAAAAUGUGAAAUGGUUUCUUAUAAUUAUUAACUUUGCUUUAUAUCAGUUCUUGAAUGCACUUCAAGUGUCCAUGUCCAUGUCCCAAUAAGGCUUCCACAUCAAAAUUAUGGCCAAGUCAAAGAAAACACUCAACUUUGGGGAGGCUCAAUGCCCCCCCCCCCUUGCAGGUGUCUUUACAUAGAACAAACAAGAGAUGGCCUUAAAAGCAGGCAGGGGUUGGAGAACGGGAACGAGAGACGCAAUGUUUUAGGAACAUUUAUUUUGAAGCUUGAACAUAGAAUGUUGGCCCCUUUCCUUAUAAAAUAAGGGAGUGCGUCCCAUUGCCUUUGUUGACAUGUCCUUUGUCCUGCUCCCACAUGGCGAUAAGAAUGUUUUUAAAAAUCAGCAAAUAAAAAGGCGGGGUGGGAUUGCUUUUAUAAGAAAGCUAGCAGAAUCCUGAAAGAAGACCCGCAGUCAGGACAGGAGAUUGAAAUAGCAUUGCUUUGUAUGCUGAAGCGCCAAGAGGCUUCUUUGCUGUCGGGACUCCUCAUCAUGGUCUUCCAUAUCGUCCUCGUCAUGCUGCUCUCUGGUGUGGGCAGCUCCUCUGUUUUAAAUUCCACAUCGCUGGAGGACCAGCUUUUCCAGUACAUUGACGACCAUCAAGAAAAAUUUGUUGAGACUCUUAAGGAAUGGGUAGCUGUGGAGAGUGAUUCCAUACAACCAGCACAAAGAUCAGAAGUGAUACGAAUGGUAAAAAAAGCUGAAAGUCGUCUCCAGGACUUAGGAGCAAAUGUGAUGUUGGUUGAUAUGCCCGUCCAGCAGGUGCUUGAUGGCCCAGAUAUUUCAUUACCUCCUGUCAUUCUGGCAGAGCUUGGAGAGGAUCCACUAAAGCCCACGGUGUGUUUUUACGGACAUGUGGAUGUGAUGCCUGCUAAAAAGUCGGAUGGGUGGGAAACAGAACCCUACAACUUGACUGAAAUUGGUGGGAACCUUUAUGGGCGUGGAGCAACAGAUAACAAAGGACCUGUCCUAGCCUGGAUACAUGCAGUGAGUGCAUUCAAAGAACUAAGAAAAGACUUGCCAGUAAACCUCAAGUUUCUUAUUGAAGGCAUGGAAGAAGCAAUCUCCACUGGACUAGAAGAAGUGAUUGAAAGAGAGAAAGAGCAGUUUUUCUCCAAUGUUGACUAUAUUGUGAUUUCGGAUAAUACUUGGCUCAGCACGGAAAAGCCAGCUCUUACGUAUGGGACUCGGGGAAAUGCCGGCUUCACUGUGGAGGUACAAGGUGGCGAAAGAGAUCUUCAUUCAGGAGCUCUAGGUGGCAUCGUCCAGGAACCCAUGUCUGAUCUGAUAGCCUUGCUUGGCAGUCUUGUGGAUUCAUCAGGCCACAUUCUGAUUCCUGGAAUCUAUGAUGGCGUUGCUAAUUUUACAGAAGAGGAGAAGAAGCUGUAUGAGCCAAUAGAAUUUGACUUAGAGCAAUACAAGUUUAACGUUGGUGUGAAGAAAUUUCUCUAUGAUACCAAGGAGGAAAUACUUUCACACUUGUGGCGCUUCCCAUCUCUCUCUAUUCAUGGGAUAGAAGGAGCUUUUCAUGAAAAAGGGAUCAAAACAGUUAUACCAUCAAGAGUCAUAGGAAAGUUUUCAAUCCGGCUAGUUCCUCACAUGAACCUUUCCACUGUGCAAUUGGAACGGUAUUUAGAAAAGGUAUUCUCUAAACGAAACAGCCCAAACAAACUGACAGUGAUUGCUGCAGAGGGUGCAUUGCCAUGGGUUACUAACAUCAAUGAUCCUCAGUAUAAAGCAGCUGCAAAGGCAAUUCAGCGAGUUUUUAAAAAGGAUCCAGAUAUGAUUCGGGAUGGAUCAACAAUUCCAAUUGCUCAGAUGCUUCAGGCUAUUACAAAGAAAAGCGUGAUGAUGUUUCCGAUUGGAGCAGUAGAUGAUGGGGAGCACUCUCAGAAAGAGAAGAUAAGCAGAAAAAAUUACAUUGAUGGAACAAAAGUGUUUUCCUCCUUUUUACUGGAGAUCUCAAAGCUCCAUAAGGAAUUACUGAGAGGCUCCAAGUGACAACUGCAACUUCAUGGCAGAUCAAGUGCACUUUGACUACUGGAUUUGUAGUUCUGUUAUGUAUGGUUACAAUUUCAGAAAAAUGUCAAAGGGCUCUUCCAUAAGUUCAGUUCCAGGACUGACAGACACUUGUUCUACCCCGCAACUACCUCCCGCCACCUCCAUUAUGAAUGCAUUUUGUCUUUUAAAUCUGUGUUCCAAUCAUCCCUAUAUCUCGUAAUGCACUUCAGAGCACAAAUAUACACUCAUAUUACUACAGGCUGGCUGUUCACUGCUGUAUGUUAAUGAUUGUUAUUAAUGUAUUAUAAAUCAUUGUCAACUGGUUUGUGAGAUGGUUAUUCUGACAAGUGGUGUCUUAUAUAAACCUUAUAAUAAAAUAAAGUAGGU